UUUAGAAGCUGGAAAUAGUACUAGCUGUGCCAUCACUGCCAUGUCAUUGAUCAGUGUCAUGCCAGCGCAACCGCCGCAGCCAUCAGUGUGUGCUUCACUACUCAGACUCAAUACUUAGCUCAGGUCAUGCUUCUCUUAUCUAUUGUCAUCCUACCAGGUCCGUACAUCAUAUACAGCGUGCUCUCCUUGUAGUCCUUAGUAUUUCACUACUAUGACUACUCAAUCCCACUGGCACGGCACUCAGGACCAUGCACCUUUUUCCACUCCACCUCCCGGUCGGGUGUCCAUUUCAACCGUGCAGUCUAAAUUGUACCCCAGUACCAUAGUCGUGGCAGAUACCAGAAAAUUAACUCGUCACAUCAGCAUCAGUCAUGUCGAAGAAGUCAAGCAGGGGGACCACGUGGAACAAGGAGUCCCCCUUUACCGUCUAUACAGGCGCCGUUUCACUGGCCUUUUUGGUUUUAUUUUACUUGGCCUCGUGACCGGUAUGCCCUGGUCAUGGUUUGGGCCCAUAUCAAACGAUACUUCUGAGGACUUUGACAUUUCCCUUGACCAGGUGAACUGGCUCGGCAACAUUAUAUGUUGUGUCUACAUUCCCGUCUCCCUCCUCGUUCCCCUUUUUUGUACGCGCUUCGGUAUUCGCCGAUGUGCUGAUGUGGGUGUGGGGAUGCUCCUCAUAUCAGGCUGGGUGCGCUAUGCUGGCACCAUCACGUCCUUGUCCUCUGAGAGCGCUUAUGCACUACUCUUCCUCGGACAGUUCUUCUCAGCAAUAUCUCAACCUGUCUUCCAAGUCCUCGGCCCCAAGUAUUCCGAGAUGUGGUUUGACCUUAAAGGCCGAACGACAGCCACAAUGAUUGUCGCCAUCGCCAAUCCUGUCGGCAGCGCUCUUGGCCAGUUACUUAGUCCCCUAGUCGGUACUCCAAGGCAAUCUGUCCUGGUUUUAGCGAUCAUGUCUACCGCAGUCGCACCUGCCCUCUUUCUUAUCGAGAGUGAACCACCAAGCCCACCAACAUACGCAGGCUCCAAGGCCCCGCAAUCACUCAACUCCCUCCUGCUUGCGAUGGUGGGGAAAGUUCGCCCCUCAGACCCUGCUUACAUGGCUCCUCGCGAACGGAUGGACUUCACCAUCAAUGCACUGAUUUUUGGUGUCCUUGUUGGCGCGGCAAACGCACUUAGCGUCCUCUCUGCGCAGUAUUUCGAACCUGAGGGGUACAGCGACACCAUUUCAGGCCUCUUUGGUGCGACCCUCCUGUUUAGCGGGAUCCUUGCCAGUGUGAUCAUCGCGCCUCUGUUCGAUCGGGUGUUGACCCAUCAUCUGGGCAUAACACUAAAGAUACUUGUCCCGAUUGCCGCAGGGGCGUGGUUAAGUUUGAUCUGGGUUGUAAAACCAAACAACACCGGCACAAUCUUUGCGAUCAUGGUCAUCAUCGGUAUUUGCUCCAUAAUAUUGCUCCCAGUCGGCCUUGAACUCGGAGUGGAAAUCACACGAAAUGCAGACAGCAGUGCCGCCAUUUUGUGGUGUUCAGGUAACGCGUUCGGCAUCAUAUUCAUCCUCGCGGAAGGCGCCCUACGCGCAUCGUCGACCGCUUCCCCACCGUACAACAUGCACGCGGCGUUCGUGCUGCACGGCGUGUUCGUGGUGGUUGUGGGUGCCACCAUGAUUUUCGUGCGCGCAAAGCAGGUGCGGCGGGAAAUGGAUGAGCGUAUGGCGCAGCACCUACAUUCGACCCAGUUCGAAUUAGAGGCGAUGCCGAUGGACAAAUUGGGCACGACCGACUUGGGUCAAUCCCACAUGUCAAUAGAAAAAGGGGAGGAGGAGAGUGGCUCGAUACUGGAGAUGGAGCACUCGAUACCGUUGCCUGAGAAAAGUGCUGGUAUCAGUCUGGAGGUUAUCGGCACUACCAUGCACCGAGAUUCAUGAUAUCUACACCUUCCUUGGACAAUUUACGACCUUAUCAUCACUGUAACUGACGUGUGCUGUUUUGGUAUUGUAGACUCAGAAUCGAUAUCUGUAUCCACUUACCCAUAUGACAUAGGCUCUUUUCAUUUGUUGGCGGUCAUUUCGCAGGAUUUGAAAUCGUGGAGAACUAGGAAGAAUCGAGAUGUACUACUACGGGAACAUUUUCCGUUCUGUCCGCACUUAAUUCAGCCUUUGUCACUUACUGUAGAGAACACUCAAUUAAAGCACAGACAUUAUCA